CAAAGCAAGAGCCAAACAAUUGGCCCAGGCCACAGAGACCUAAGUUGUUGAAAUUGACCUAAACACACAUACAAAUGUCAAACGUUACAUGUUAGUCAUCGGUGCUUCAAAGACUUUUUAAAAGUUUUAGACUCAAACUCAGUUGAGCCACUCUGUAAAACAGUGCAUCGCAUUACAUGCUGAGAAAAGUUGAAUUAUAAUCCGAAGACAGUCGUUUCUGAAAACCGUUCUGUCAAAGUAAACGGAAAUGUCAGGUUUAAAGAAAGCAGAAUUAAAUGAAGAAGCCAAAUUAUACAAAAAUGCAAGAGAAAGAGAAAAGUAUGAUAACAUGGCUGAUCUGUAUGCUGUAAUAAACACAAUUCAGUGUCUCGAAAAAGCUUAUAUCAAAGACUCUGUGACUGCAAAAGAGUAUACAGCUGCUUGUUCUAAAUUGCUGGUUCAAUAUAAAGCAGCAUUUAAGCAAGUUCAAGGAGAAGAAUUUCCCUCUUUGGACACAUUUACCUCACAUUUCAAACUGGAUUGUCCAGCAGCCAUGGAAAGAAUUAAAGAAGACCGGCCGAUUACUAUUAGAGAUGAUAAAGGAAACACUAGUAAAUGCAUUGCUGAUAUUGUUUCCCUUUUCAUUACUACAAUGGAUAAACUCCGCCUGGAUAUUCGCGCGAAUGAUGAAUUGCAGCCAGACUUGAGGGACCUAGCGGAGACCAUGGCUAGGCUCAGUCUUGUGCCUGACGAGUUUGAGGGCAAAGAGAAAGUUAAUCAGUGGCUUCGAACUCUUUCGUCCAUGCAAGCAUCUGAUGAGCUUAGUGAAAGCCAAGUUCGGCAAUUACUCUUUGAUCUUGAAACCUCAUACAAUGCAUUUAAUCGUCUUUUGCAUCCUUAGGCGACCAUGAAUUUUCAGGAUGAAAUGUUAUUGGAAUAUUUUGUUUCAUUUGUUUUUGUGGGGGGGGGGGUAGUUUUUUUGUUUUGUUUGUUUAUGAUACUUUCAUUUUUUGCUUCCCUGUUUUUUUAGUUGUUUUUUUUUAUUUGUCUGGAUCUUUCAUUUUGGAGUAACGUGUAGGUGUAUUACUGUAAUAUCUCACAUACACGAAUAAGCAGAAACAA